UUUUUUUCUCUCUCUCCCGGUUUCAAGAUGGCUGCGGAAGCCGAGUCCCUCUUCACGGCCAUCGGGCUGAGCGAGCAGAAGGCCCGCGAAACGUUAAAGAACGAGGCGCUAAGCUCGGCACUGCGGGAGGCCGUCCUCCAGGCCCAGUCUAUAUCGGGUCCUUCCAUUGACAAGGUGACAGGUACUCUGCUCUACAAUGUGGCAUCCCGUCUUAAGGAUACGAAAAGAUUGGGUUUUCUAGUUGAAUACAUUGCCAGUAAGAAGAUCAGUACUGACCUCCAACUAAACGCUGCUCUAGAUUAUGUUAAAUCCCAUCCUGUGGAUCCCAUCAAUGCUGCGGAUUUCGAGAAGGAAUGUGGAGUUGGUGUGACUGUGACUCCAGAACAGAUAGAAGAGGCUGUGGAAACUGUGAUUCAGAAAUGUAAGACUCAGCUGCUGGAAGAGCGAUAUCGUUUCAACAUGGGAUUGCUAAUGGGGGAAGCAAGAAAUAAGUUGAAAUGGGCUGAUGGAAAGACAAUCAAGAAUGAAGUGGACAUGCAGGUUUUGCACUUACUUGGUCCCAAGACUGAAUCGGAUCUAGAAAAGAAACCCAAGGUUACAAAGCAAAAAGCAUUGGAAACUGAAAAAAAAGUUGACGUGAUCACCAGUGGUGAUGUCAAACUAGAAUCUGUUUCUUUAAUGGAGCAGCUAAGGGGAGAGGCUCUGAAAUUUCAUAAACCUGGUGAAAAUUACAAGACAGAAGGAUACAUCAUUACUCCAAACACCAUGGAUCUACUGAAGAAACAUCUGGAGAUCACUGGGGGACAGAUCAGAACUCGGUUUCCUCCAGAACCAAAUGGGAUCUUGCAUAUUGGUCAUGCCAAAGCGAUCAACUUCAACUUUGGUUAUGCAAAGGCAAACAAUGGGAUCUGCUUCCUGCGAUAUGAUGAUACAAACCCAGAGAAGGAGGAGGAGAAGUAUUUUACGGCCAUUAAAGACAUGGUAGAGUGGUUGGGAUACAAGCCCUAUGCAGUGACGCACGCUUCAGAUAACUUUGGCCAGCUGUACGAUUGGGCUGUGGAACUCAUUAAGAGGGGUCAUGCAUAUGCAUGUCACCAAAAAGUGGAUGAAAUUAAAGGCCACAAUCCCCCACCAUCUCCAUGGAGGGAUCGACCGAUCGAAGAAUCCUUACUUUUGUUUGAGGGAAUGAAAAAGGGAAAGUUUGCAGAGGGAGAGGUAACCCUGAGGAUGAAGCUUGUUAUGGAAGAUGGAAAGAUGGAUCCAGUAGCAUAUCGAAUCAAAUAUACCCCACACCACCGCACUGGAGACAAAUGGUGUAUAUACCCCACUUAUGACUACACUCACUGUCUCUGUGAUUCUAUUGAGCACAUAACGCAUUCACUAUGCACUAAGGAGUUCCAAGCCAGGCGUUCGUCAUAUUUCUGGCUUUGCAAUGCUCUUGAUGUAUACUGCCCUGUGCAGUGGGAAUAUGGACGACUGAACCUGCAUUAUACGGUGGUGUCAAAGAGGAAGAUCAUCAAGCUGGUGGAAACAGGGGCUGUCAGGGACUGGGAUGACCCACGUCUGUUCACAUUGACAGCUCUGCGGCGAAGGGGAUUCCCACCCGAAGCAAUAAACAACUUCUGUGCCAGGGUUGGGGUGACAGUCGCUCAGACUACCAUGGAGCCUCACUUGUUGGAGGCCUGUGUGAGAGAGGUACUGAAUGAGACAGCCCCGCGAGUCAUGGCUGUUCUAGAGCCUCUAAAAGUCACAAUAACAAACUUUCCAGCAAACAAGGCAAUUGAUGUCUCUGUACCAAAUUUCCCAGCUGAUGAGUCGAAAGGGUUCCACACUGUUCCUUUUGCUUCCACUCUGUACAUUGAGCAGACAGACUUCAGAGAGGUGAUGGAGAAAGGAUACAAGCGCCUCACCCCAGACCAGCCUGUUGGUCUUCGGCAUGCUGGUUACGUUAUCUCCGUACGGAACAUUGUAAAGGAUCAAAAUGGCAAAGUAGUUGAAGUGGAGGUGACCUGCACAAAAUCAGAACAAUCAGAGAAACCCAAAGCAUUUAUACACUGGGUGUCCGAUCCGCUGCUGUGUGAAGUGCGUCUGUAUGAUAGAUUAUUCCAUCACAAAAGCCCUGAAGAUCCUUCUGAAGUACCUGGUGGAUUUUUAACUGAUUUGAAUCCCGACUCUUUGACUGUGAUUUCGGAUGCUUUGGUAGAUCAGUCUGUAAAGAAUUCAAAAGCCCUUGAUAAAUUCCAAUUUGAAAGACUUGGAUAUUUCUCUGUGGAUCCAGACACCACUCACGAGAAGAUUGUGUUCAACAGGACUGUUACCCUGAAAGAAGACCCAGGGAAAGUGUGAAGCAUAAGAAAAGGGACACUGCACGAUCACCCAAAAACAACCGCUUGCCUUAACUCAGGGGAUGGCGCAUUCUAAGGCCACAUUUUCUCUGCUUUCAUGGAAAGAUUAAUAAACAUACCAUUAUUUAAA